AUGGAUAAACUCUUCGGCCGCCUGCGCAAAAGUAGCUUCGGCUCCUCCUCCUCCUCCUCCCCCCGUCCCAAGGAGACCGCGCCGCCCCGGCGUCUCUACAUUACAUCCAACACGCCGCGAUGCGACCAUGCGCUUCUCGGGCGCUUGCAGACCGAGGGCUUCAGCGUCGAGUACCUGCCUUUUCUGUUCGCAAGUAAGGACGACGAGCGAGAUCGCAAGGAACUCGAGAAACUGAUUCGCGAGCGCGAGGAUGAUCUGGAGCCUGGCGAGAGGUACGCGAUUCUGGCAUAUAACCGUCCCGCUUAUCUUUUGCUCCUCUCUCAUCACCAAGCAUCAACUACAAACCCGUUCCCGCUUCUCGGUGCUUUCGUCGCCUUCUACCCGCUCCCUUUGCAGUCGGCCGCCUCUGCAACUUCCUCCGUCUACGAGACGCUUCCCCUCCUCCCGAUCCAGAUUCAUCUAGCCGGGUAUCAAAGCCAUGCUCUCUGGGACCCAUCCGCCGAGCCCCCGAGCAGAAAGCGCCACAGAUGCCAUCUCUUUUUCUACCCCGAGUCCGAGCCGGGGUUUGCCGAGCCCACGUCCGAGGCCUACGACCCCAUGAGCGCGCGCUUGGCGUGGAGCCGUGCGCUGGAUUGUCUGAAGCGAGGGUUUGGGUGGCCGGCGGGGAACUGGAAGAUUCCGGAGCCCGAGGUUGUCUGGGAAGAGUAUUGGAGGAAGAUCUUCGAUAGUUCGCGGAGUAAAGAAGCGCGGACGCGAGAGGAGAUGGAGAACCAUGCAGAUAGGAUGCUGGACAUGAUUUACAACGGCGCUGGAAAUCUGGAGGCUGCCCAGAAGGCCGUUGUGAAUUGCGUUGCUGCCCCUGUUGGAGGAUCGACCCCGGCGAAGAUUGCGGCGUUUUAUACAUCCCAGUUUAUGCCAGUUGGUCCGCCGUCCCAGAACAUCCGGUUGCUCUCUCGGACUGCUGGUGUCGACCGUGUUGUUGACGAACUCUUGCUCUCGUUUGACCACACAGAGGAGAUUCCCUGGUUGUUGCCUCGGGUGCCGCCGACUGGGCGGUCGGUUCGAAUUCCGCUCGUCAUGACGGCGAGUUUCUGCGCAGGAAAGAUUGCCCGUCACAACAUCUACUGGGAUCAAGCCAGUGUCCUGGUGCAGGUUGGCUUGUUAGAUCCGGCGCUUAUUCCGAGUGGUUUCCAGGCCACGGGGCCGAAUCAUGAAGGUAGAGAAUCUGUGGAGAGACUUCCAGUCGUCGGAGGAGAAGCUGUCGAAAGGACUUUUGACCCGUUAACGUAG